CCACUUCAGUAAAGUAGGGCCCACAACACGAACCAGGCUGUCUUGUCUAACCGACACAUACAUUACACCAAACGCAAUCUUCACCGUUGAUUGUUCUCUAAUCCAACGGUUGAUAGAGACUGCUGAUCCGUCACCCGCUUUAGUUUAGUGUUUCUUCUUCCUCCUCUCUUUCCCAAGAAUCUCUUCCUUAUUUUCUCGGCAACGAAGCAAAAAGGGUAAUUUUUGUCGGUUGAAUUCACAAGCUAGUUUUCUCGAUCUCUCUCUGGAUCUAUAGCUGAUCUGCAUUGCGGGUAAGCAUUUUUUCCACAAGUACUUAUGCCUAAUUUUGGUAACGAUUUAGCUAAAUCUUGACUAGAGAAUUUUGUUUCGUUGCUUGGUUAUUGAAUUCGUGAUCUCACAUUUGAAGUCUUCGCAUAUCUUAUACAUCAAUCUCUCCAAGUUGGUAUAAUAUUGGUCAAUCUAACAAUUUUUCUUAGUUUUUUCACUUAAGAACUUAGAGAGUUCCAUGUUUUUGGUUUAAUUCUUCCUUUGUUGUUUCUAAUCAGCUUUUUGGCAUUAAGUGCCUAUUGUAUAAGCUUGUAGCUGGUAUUUGUUCCAUAGUUGUAAGCUAUGGUGACAAUCAGGAGUGGUUCAAUCGUGAUUUUGGUUCUGCUGGCUGUAUCAUUUCUGGCCUUGGUUGCCAAUGGAGAGGACAAAACGAUUAAAGUGAAGAAAGUGAGGGGAAAUAAGGUGUGCACGCAAGGAUGGGAAUGCAGCUGGUGGUCUAAAUACUGCUGUAACCAGACGAUAUCAGAUUACUUUCAGGUUUAUCAGUUUGAGCAACUCUUUUCCAAAAGGAACACUCCCAUUGCUCAUGCUGUUGGUUUCUGGGACUACCAGUCUUUCAUUACUGCUGCUGCCCUCUUUGAGCCUCUUGGUUUUGGUACCACUGGAGGAAAGCUCAUGGGACAGAAAGAAAUGGCUGCCUUUCUCGGUCAUGUAGCCAGCAAAACGUCCUGUGGCUAUGGAGUUGCAACAGGAGGGCCUUUAGCUUGGGGUCUGUGCUACAACAGGGAAAUGAGCCCAAUGCAAUCCUACUGUGACGAGUCCUGGAAAUUCAAGUACCCCUGCAGCCCUGGAGCUGAAUACUACGGACGCGGUGCCUUACCCAUUUACUGGAACUUCAACUACGGAGCAGCUGGGGAAGCCCUGAAAGCUGAUCUCUUGAACCACCCUGAGUACAUUGAGCAAAACGCGACACUUGCAUUCCAAGCUGCAAUCUGGAGAUGGAUGACUCCAAUCAAGAGAGCUCAGCCCUCAGCUCACGACAUCUUUGUCGGAAACUGGAAACCUACAAAGAACGACACUUUGUCCAAGCGUGGCCCGACUUUUGGCAGCACCAUGAACGUCCUCUACGGAGAGUACACAUGUGGUCAAGGUUCCAUUGAUCCAAUGAACAACAUAAUCUCACACUACUUAUACUUCCUUGACCUCAUGGGUAUUGGAAGAGAAGACGCGGGACCAAACGAUGAGCUCAGCUGCGCAGAACAGAAACCUUUCAACCCUUCAACUGUACCUUCCUCUUCCUCUUCGUAAGUCUUAUGAUAUAUCGCCGUUGCUCUCAAGUCUCUCUUGCUUAAUGUUACGUAAUAAGUGAAAUUGCUUGUGGUAAAAAAAGAAGAAGUGUGUUUUUGUCCCUCUAGAACUUAUAAUGCAAACAACAUUACAUUUUAUAUUUUUCUGUAUGUAAAACCAUAUUUAAUUAUUGUAUUGGAAGAAUGUGUGUAAAAUAGAGAAAGAGCAAGGAAACAUAAAUGUGGUUUGCGAAUGAUAUUUGUUUCUAUUCGUUUGUUAUAAAUUUGUUCACAUGGUUUUUAGUCUUAAACUCAUAACCUAAUACUUAAAUUAAGGAAACAAAUUCCUAUG